UUUUACUGGAUGCUGAAUGUUGUAAGUACAGGAGCAAAUAUUUGUCACUUUGGAACAAAUGAGAAAAGAGUAAGAGACUCAUCAGUCAUCGGUCAUGAGCAGCAACAAAAUUACUUUUGAAUUCCCUGGCCCUGGUAUUGAAGCUAGGCCUUUAGCUUCUUCAUUGGGUUCCUGGAACCAUACAACCUCCCCAAUGGGCAGACCUAUGACUGAAGUUGUGCAGGCUAGAGCUGUUACCCUUGGUUACAGGUCCUCCCUGACCUAUGGAUCAUCCGUUGAUCUUCUAGGCCAGUCCAGAAGUCGUUUCCCUUCAAUAGAAUCAAAUACUGAGGACAUGACUGAGGAGAUCAUAAUCCUGGAAAAGAAAGUGAAAGACCUGAUAGAAGAAAGCUGUAUGGCAAAGAGUACCGGAGACUUACAACUGGCUCUUGAAAAAGCCAAAGAGUCAGGGAGGAACGAGAGAGUGCUGGCAAAUCUAAGAGAAGAGUCAGGCAGUUGGAACAUUAACGUUGUCCUUACCUGCUCAGUUUUGCUCAAUCUUGCCAACCAGUACGAGAACAAUGAAAUGUACACAGAGGCUCUAAACACCUACCAGCUCAUUGUGAAGGACAAGAGGUUUAUUAAUGGGGGCAUUCUUAGAGUCAACAUGGCAAAUAUCUACUUCAAAAAGAAAAACUAUACCAAAGCAAUUAAGUUCUACCAAAUGGCACUAGAUACAAUUUCCAAUGAUCACAAGAUUAUGAGGAUGAAGAUCAUGCAGAAUAUUGCCAUGGUCUUCGUUCACAUAGGCCAAUAUUCAGGUGCCAUAACGUCACUUGAACACAUAAUGACUGAGAGCCCCAAUAUCAGGACAGGCUUCAACCUUGUCCUAUGCUUCUACGCCAUUGGUGACUCGGAGAGGAUGAAGAAGGCCUUUCAGAACCUCAUUUCAGUUCCUCUUGGCAUCAUUAACAAAGAUAAGUUCAUUCCAUCUGAUGACGAUAACAGUGCAAAUACAGCCAUUGAGGGAACUAAGAAAGACAAACUUCAUCACAUGGAGAGAAAUUUAGAUGCCCUGGCUCAUAAGUAUAUCAUAACUGCGGCUAAGCUCAUUGCUCCAGUUAUUGAGACUUCUUUAGCAACUGGAUUAGACUGGUGUAUGGACUUGGUGAAGAGUUCUCAGUAUUCUGAGGCAGCCAAUGAUCUGGAGAUCACCAAAAUCAUUAACUCUCUUAGAAAGAAGGACUUUAACCUACAUGUGGUAGUUGAAACCCUGAAAACAUUAGUGAGGAAGGACAGCAGCGUGAAGAUUGCAGCUGCCACCAACCUCUCUUCCCUUUAUUUCCUGAAGACAGACUAUGAACAGGCUAAGCAAUACUCUGAUUCUGCCAUGAAUGCUGAUAGCACUAACCCAACAGUGCUUGUCAACAAGGGCAACACAGAGUUUGUCAAGCAGGAGUAUAAAAAGGCCACAGAAUUCUACAAAGAAGCAUUGAGAAGUGAUUCCUCUAGUACUGAGGCCCUCUACAACCUGGGUCUAUCCAAUAAGAAACUGAAUUGUUUGGAGGAGUCUCUGGAUUGCUUUCUGAAGCUUCAUGCCAUUCUGAGGAACAAUGCCCAAGUUAUGUACCAGCUGGCCCACCUUUAUGAACUUCUUGAGAAUCCCAAAGAGGCAAUCAAGUGGUUGAUGCAGGUCAUCAGUCUAACUCCCACUGACCCCAAAGUGCUGGCCAAACUGGGAGAGCUGUAUGAUCAUGAGGGGGACAUGCCCCAGGCUUUACAAUAUUACUAUGAGUCUUUCAGAUGUUUCCCUUCCAACAUUGAUGUCAUCAAGUGGCUUGGAACCUACUACUACAAGAAUCAGUUCUUUGAAAAAGCUAUUCAGCACUUUCAAAGAGCUUCUCUCAUCGAACCAACACAUGUGCAGUGGCAGCUUUUGGUGGCAAGCUGCUACAGAAAAAGUGGAAACUACCAAAAAGCGCUGGACAAAUAUAGAGACAUCCACCACAGGUUUCCACAGAAUGUACAAUGUCUGCAUUUCCUGGUGAGGCUGUGUGCAGACAUGAAAUUAAAGGAAGGCAGAGAAUACACCACCACGCUGAAAAAGGUGGUGAAGAUGAAGGAGACCAGAGAGUUGCUAAAGGGCAGUACUGAGAACAGCCUGAUGGGGAGACCAAAGAUGGGAGCCAAGAAGCGUGCAGAAGAUGUCACCUUCACAGAUUUAGAGCUGAGAGAUGACCUUCUUCCAGAGUAGCUGCUGCUGCAACCUUCUGCCUCACCAACAGCUUCACCUGAUCGCCAAUGGACGUGGACAUGCAGUACGGCUUUUUACCACAUGUUCACACUGUCAACCAAAUGCAUUGUGAGUGUAGUUGAUUUUUCACACGAUCUGCAUGAUGUUACUUGAGUAUUCCAAUAAGUGGAACACUACUGACCUUACCACACAGCUUGAAACCAUGAUUUUGCAGCUUGGGAAUAAAAACAAUGACAGCAUAGGAGCUAGCUUCAACUGUAUUAUAUCUUGUGGAAGUGUUACACAAAGCAUGUGCACAACACAUGGUACGUCACCAACUGUGUAUGUGCAUGAUCUGACAUUUUCCACUCAUCAAUGUCUGUAUGUUUGUUUAUAAUAAAAUCAUCCAUCACACUAAUAGUAAAACGCUGUGUGCAUGUACUGUAAAUAAUCUGCUAUUGUAAUGUUUA